AGCAAAAGAGUACGUACGCGCUUGUUCGCACCGGGGGAGGUCCGGUAGAAGAGGCAUAUUAACGUCAGGGCGGGCUGCGGAAAAGGCUGGCGCUUUAUUAGCGGAGCAAGGAAUUGAAUGGGCGCAGCCGGUUCCUCGCUACGGGAUUCCUUGUUUUCUCCACCUCCGCCUGCACGGUAGAUUCGUCCCAUCCCUCUGUCAUUCUCUCAUCUCUCUCCCGCUGGGCCUGCCUGCUCGCGUGCGGGGUGUCUCUGCUGCUCUUGCUUUGCUCUGGGCUUCGUCGGUCGGCGGCAUGGAGCCCGCGGGCGCGCCGUGGUGCGACCCUCGCCGGGGGUACGGCUACGGUUACGGCGGCGGAUCGGUCGCGCGGGCGCCGGGGGUGAGGCGGCAACCGCAGCAGCCGCCGCGGCAGGACGCUGCGGCCGUGGCGACCGGCGGGGUGCUGAAGAGGAGCCUGGGCGAGGUGGAGCGGUGGCAGCAGGCACUGUACCUGCGCGCGGUGAGGCAGCGCGUCACGGCACAGGCUCAGGCCGCGCACCCGCCGAUCGACAUCGGGGCCGUGCUGGCGAGGGCCGCCUCGCGGAGCUCGGGUUUCUCCGGGCCGCCUUCGGCUGGCUUCGCCGGGCUCUCGCCGCAGCCGUCGUCGACGCUCUCGUCGCUCACCACCGGGUCCCACAUGGCGACACCGCAGCCGCAACCGCCGAUGCAGCAGCUAUUGCGGCGGCAGAUGGCGGCUGCGCCGCCCGCGCCUCCGCAGGCUGCUCAAGCGGUGGUGGCCAGGGGACCGGCUGCGAGGCCCGCGACGGCGAGGGAGAUGGUGUUGCUGCAUGAGCUGGAGAAGAAGCUGCUGGGUGAUGACGACGACGGCGAUGCAGAGGCCGCGGGGAGCGCGUGCGGCUCCACGGUCACCAGCUCCGCGUGGGGGGACACGAUGCAGGAGCUCAACUCCAUCACCGCGGCGUCGUUGCCUUCUCUUCCCAUGGCGAGCGCGACGAACAACUACAACAACACCGUGCCCAUAACAAGGUCGCCGACGAACUCUGCCUCGUCGUCCACGGCUUCAUCGACAGCGUCCAGCUCACCGCCGACCUCGGCAGCCUCGUCGCGGCAGCUGCUGUCCGAGACCGCCGCGGCCGUCGCCGACGGCAACCGCACCGCGGCCGCUGCUCACCUCGCGGCCCUGAAGACGACCGUGAACCCGCGCGGCGACGCGGAACAGAGGCUGGUGGCCAUGAUGGCGGCUGCCCUGUCCUCCCGCAUCGGCCCGCCCUCGUCUCAACAACUCGCAGAGCUAUGCGGCCCCGAGCAGCGUGCGGCGUGCCAGCUCCUGCACGACGUCUCCCCCUGCUUCGGCCUCGCCCUCCACGGCGCCAACCUCGCCAUCCUCGACGCCGUGGCCGGGCAGCGCGCCAUCCACCUGAUCGACUUCGACGUCAGCGUCGCGCAGCACAUCGCCCUCAUCCAAGCCCUCGCCAGCCGCCGCGUGGCGGGCACCUGCCUCAAGGUCACCGCCGUCGCGGACCCCGCGUCGCCGUUCACGCCGGCUCUGACGCAGGCGCUCGCGGCCACCGGCCAGCGGCUCAAGAGGCACGCCCAGCAAGCCGGGCUGGAGUUCAGGUUCAACGCGGUCAGCUGCCGGGCCGGCGAGAUCGACGCGUCGAGGCUCGGGUGCGAGCCGGGGGAGGCGCUGGCCGUGAACCUCGCUUUCGCGCUCUCGCGCGUCGCCGACGAGAGCGUGUCCCCGGCGAACCCGCGCGACGAGCUCCUCCGCCGCGUGCGCGCGCUGGGCCCGCGUGUCGUGGCGCUGGUGGAGCAGGAGCUGAACACGAACACGGCGCCGCUGGCGGCGCGGUUCGCCGACGCGUGCGCGCACUACGGCGCGGUGCUGGAGUCCCUGGACGCGACGCUGGCCCGCGACAGCCCGCAGAGGGCCCGAGCGGAGGAGGCUCUGGCCAACAAGGCGACCAACGCGCUGGCGCGGGAGGGGCCCGACCGGAUGGAGCGGUGCGAGGUGUUCGGCAAGUGGCGUGCCCGGUUCGGCAUGGCGGGGCUCCGGCCAGUGGCGAUCGGGCAGGGCAUCGCCGACCGCGUCAAGGCACGGCUCGGCCACGCACGCCCGGGGUUCGACGUGAAGCUGGACAGCGGCCGGCUCGGGGUCGGGUGGAUGGGGCGCGUGGUCACCGUCGCAUCCGCCUGGCGUUAGCCUUUUCCUGCCUGGUGCGAUGAGCUCAUCGGCUCCCGGGGCACAAAAUUGUUGCCGUCACCAAAUCCAUUAGGAAUCUGGACGAGCCAUCCGAAGAUGCCUAGCUGUAAUCCCUCGAAAUUCUUUAUUGCCACCGCUUGUUGAAUGUUGGAGAGUACUAUCUGAUUACAUCAUUCGUCGUUGGUACUCCUGUUCAUUGACGUCCUCUGUUCA